GAGCGUCGUACAGCAAACAUGGCGGCCUCCUGUGGAAAAACCGUUGGAUAUUUUCUUUGGAAAUUCGGAAAUUGCUGCUUCAAUUUUAACACAGUCUCGUCAAAUUGAACUGGCCAGGUGCUGUCCAGACAGCUAUGUGUGAGUGCUGUUCUCCACAGGAAGAACCUGGCUGCAGCGGGCCCAGAGAAGUUCUCAGAGGAGUUCGGGAAGAGACAUCUAGCCAACAUGAUGGGAGACCUUCACUCAGGGGGACAUUAAUGACACCUUCACUAAAGCCCUGGCAGUAGAGAAGCACCAGGACCGUCUGAGAGGAAAGGAUCUCUUCACUCAGGAUGCCAAGCAGAUGUGAGGAUAGUUGUUUUCACAGAGCAGUGAAAUAAGUUCACCAGUGAAUGUUGAUACGCAUGUGUGUGUGUGUGUGUGUUCAGUUCUCUGAAAGAAUAGCUGGAGGAGUUGUUGGUGGAGACCAUCUCAGAACACGAUUAUGCACGGUUCAUCCAGCUGAUGGAGAGGUUGCUGUCUCUGCCCAACUGCUCUGUGGAGGAGGAUUUUGUCCAGCGCUACCGCUAGAGAUCCAGUCCUCCAAGCAGCAGGUCCAGCCCCUACAAUACGACCAGCACGGAGUGGCUUACAGCACCGGAGAUGGCAGAAGAAAGACCGCUACGGGUACUGUCCUACUGAGAGACACCGGUUCAGGAUCCAUCAGCAUCAACGGGACAAACUAUGUCCACUACUUCCCUGUCCUGCAAGACCGGGGCCAUUCUCAUGGCGGAGGCCAUUCCAGCCAGGCGGGGGCGCUACGCCUUGCCAUCUCCCGCGCCAUGCUGAGCUUUCUGUCUGAGGGACAGGUGGAGACCAUGAGACAAGCUGGGCUGCUGACCCCUGGCCCCAGAAUUAAGGAGAGGAAGAAGCCAGGCCAGGAGGGAGCGAGGAGGAAGUUCACCUGGAAGAAACGCUGAGGUGGAGGACAGAAUAGAACUGGACACAGGGAAAUCACAGCAACAUCUUCAUCAUUAUCUUCCUCUGAGAUCAGAACUGUUAUUAGUAAGUGGACAUAUUGUUCAUCCAACCCCUGUUGUAGCUUUUUAUAUGUCCCCUAAAGGUUAUUUAGAUCUGGAAAUAGCCACCAAGUACAUGACUCAAAUGCAUGUACAAAUUCAAAGGGGUUCUGUCCAUGUGAGGGCAGGAUACCCAACUCCAUAUAGGCUGUAAUGUUUUUUUUCUGCCACCAGAGGGCCAUCUCUGGCAACAUACCUGUCCAUUGUCUUUGUCUGUAUAUUGAAAAUAAAAAUGUGUUUUUCAUAUA